UCCCACUGACCAUGUAAACAACUAAAUUAUAUCCUGUUAUACGAUAUUUGUGUGUUGACAGUUGUUAAAAUUUGAGUCAAUGGCUGUAUUUGAAAAGAAACUGUCACAGAAAUUGUCAAUCGAUGACACUGUUGUAUUAACUUGUGUAAUUGAAGCUGCACAAAAAUCAGCAGAUCAUAUGGUAUAUAGUGUGAGAAUUCAAUAUGGACCAAAGCCUGAGAACAGCUGGACAUUGCAGAAACGUUACAGUGAUUUUGUAGCAUUGGAUACAGAGCUCAAAAUUGCAAAUAUUGAUGUACAACUGCCCCCCAAAAAAGUCUUUGGAAACUUUGAUAGGGAAUUUGUAGCUGAAAGACAACAAGGUCUUCAGAAAUAUACUGAUACCAUACUUGUUCAUCCUUUACUUGCUAACAGCCAAGCUGUGAAGAAAUUCCUGAGCCCAGACAAUUAUACGCUUAAUCAGACAGAGAUUGCAUUGCAGCAUGUUUCCAUGGUGUUUAGGUCUGAAAACAAAUGGGAUGUUAUAGAAGCAUUACCAGAUAUAGGAUGGAGGUUAAGAAAAGAAUAUAUUUUAGUGAAACCAAUAGAUCAACCAAAAAUUAAAGAAAUUUUAGCAUGGUGUGAUUAUGGGCCUGACAAAUUUAUGCCAGAGAAGGAACUUGCAGCUGUACUGAGGAUUUUCCCAUCAAUACAACAUCCAAAUAUUUAUCCUGUGACCUUUGCUACAGCCAAUGAAAGUGGAGGACUUGUAAUACAAAGUUUUUGUGAAAAAGGAACAUUAAGAGAUCUUAUUUGUAAAUGUAAACCAAAGGUUCAUUACUUGAAAAAAUAUGGAAAUCCAAAAUCUUACUCAAUCUUAGAACCAGUGGUAAUCAAAACAUUUGGUAAACAGAUUCUUCUGACAUUAAAAUAUUUACAAGAAAAAUGCAUUCCUUAUGGUCAUUUACAUGCUGGAAAUAUCAUAGUUGAAGGUCAAGUGUGUAAAUUUCUGGAUCUUCAAAACUGGUUUCUAGGGUUACCAUCAUAUUACAGACCAUUUUUUGUACAGUUUAAGAAGAUUCAGACAACAGAAUCCAUUGAUGUUUAUUGUUUUGGACAGUUGUUGUAUGAGAUGACUUUUGGUUCACAGCUGUAUGCUGCCACAUGUGAUAAUUUCCCUCCGUCCUGCCCUCCACAGAUUAGAUCUGUUUUGGAGUCUAUUUUAACUUCUGAAGCAUGUAAAAAUGGUUUACCAACUGUAGCAGAUUUACUUUCUCAUCCUCUAUUUUCAGACAUAACACUGCCAUUAAUGGACAAACCAAUACUAAAGAUACCAAGUAAAUUAAAAGAAUUCAUCAGAACAGCAAAAGAUGAUGUGGAGAAGAGGUUACAUGAUGAACAAAAAGUGAUACAUAAAAUUAAGAGGAUGUCCAAAGCUAAAGAAUUCCAUAUGUCAGAGGAAGAAAAGAAGAAGAGAAGGAAGUCAAAGAAGAAAGCAAUGGAAAAUGGUCAACCAGAGUCAUCUUCAUCUUCAUCAUCAACAGCAGUGACAUCUAGUGAGAACCCUACAACACCAGUAACACCAACUACUCCUGCUUCACCAGCUCCUCCAGUACCAGCUGCCCCACCAGCUCCUCCUGCCCCACCCCCUCCUGGUGCUCCACCACCACCACCCCCUCCACCAGGUGCUCCUGCAGCCCCUCCUCCUCCCCCUCCACCAUCUGGUCCGGCAGCACCUUUACCUCCAGUGUCCAAUGAAAGAGGUGCUCUACUAGGAUCUAUACAGAAUUUCAGUAAAGGUGGACUGAAGAAGGCAGUGACGGUUGAUAAAAGUGCACCAAAGGUUUAGGCAAAAUAUGGCAUUAUCAGUAUUGAAGACAUUUACUAUGUUAUAGGUUGAAUUUGAAUCCAUUGAUUGACAUGCAUCAAAAACAUUGGUUUGUGCAUUUAUUUUUUUUAAUUUAUUUUAAUGUUGUUAUCCAUCUUUUUAAUCAAAUCAAAUUGUUGUAAAUCAUGAAAGUAAUUUUACUUUAUCAUUUAAAUACAUUUUAUUUUAUUAAAGUCAGUAUAAUCAAGACAGGGGUGGAUUCAGAUGGGGGGCAUUAAUUAGAAUACUUUUCUUUUUUUAAAAAUGAUCUAUCACUGUAGCAUUUUAGUAAAUAUGAUUAAUUUGUGGAGUGUGAAAGGAAAAGAGGUAGCUGGAUAUGUCUUUAAUUUUAUUACAAAUGGGACGAUUUACUAUGAAAAGUAAUGGUCAGCAUCACAGCUGACUACCAGAAUCAAACACAUUUUAGCUCCUUGUAUUUAUAUAGAAUAUGUGAAAAUAAUGAGAUACAAUGCUCUUUUGUUCAUUGAAAUAGUAUUUUGACAUUUUUAAGAUUUUUUCCAUUUUAUUUUUUUUUUGUCAAUGUAGCCAUAUAAUUAGGUAUAUUUGCAAGUGCUUAUUGGAGAAUACUUUUUUGAAUGCUGAGUUAUGUUAUAUUUUGUUGCAUAAUAAUUAUAGAAAAAAUACUGUAUGUUUUCUCUUUAGUGAAAAUAAUGUAUUAUUGUAGAUUGUAUAUUUUACGAUUCAGGGCUACUCAUCCAGCAAAAGGUACCAGUAUCUCUAACCAUAAAUUACAGUAUAUUGUUAAGAGAAUGCCAAAAAUUUGUCCUAAAAAUCAUUGUUUUGAAGGGUUUUUUUUAUGAAAAAUAUCUGUUGAUUUCAACCUGUUUCAUAAUAUGUAUUCCCAGCCUUUUUUACUCUGAAAUAUAUUUCACUUUGCUGACAUAUUGGGUGAUUAAAACUUUGUAGCAUGUAUAUGUGUAGUAAUGGUGUUUUCACCUAAAAUUUAGUAGAGUUAUCUUUCCCUUGGUAAGGUACCUUCUCUGUGGUAAUGUUGAGGGAAUAACAAACAAAUGUGAUUUAAGUGCCCUGCCUUUGAUAUCGAAGGCAAUAUGUUUUCUGGUCAGUGCGUUGUCUGUCUGUUUGUCAACCCAUCAAGUAUCAGACUAUAGUUUUGAAUUUUAUGUAGUUAACCAAUAAGUUGCGGUAACGUCAACUUAAAAUUUAGAACGCAUGUUCCUUAUGAUGUGAAGGUUUUUAAAUAUAUGCCAAAUGAGGGGUAUGACCCAGAUUUUGUAAUCACUGAACAUGGAAAUUUGAUAGCAUGCAGGGCAUGCUGUCGUAUGGACAUAUAUUUUUGUUACUAGAAAAGAAUUGAAUUGAUAAAUAAAGAAAAAAAUAUUGAUCAAGAAGACUGGGGAUUUGGAUUCUUAUAAUAUAGUAAGUCUUUUUUGGAACAAUAAGAUUUCAAAUCAAUGCUUCGACAUUUGUCAUUAUUUUGGAAGUAACACCAAAAACGUUUUUGGUAAAUCCUCCAAAAGGGAAAGAACUCUAACUGUACCUGAAUUAUGAAAAGAGGAAUUUAGCUCUUUCCUGUAAAAUGAUUGCAUUCUGUUUAGUGUUUACAUGAAACUGUAUGAACCUUUGUCCCUGAUAUGUUAAAGUGCUAGUUGUUUCAGAAAAAUUAUGGAUAUUCUUUGAUCACAGUUCUGAUUUACAGUAAUUAUUACUCAACUGUCUAGUAGAGUCAUAAACUUUAAGGUGAAUGAGCUAAAGAGAAAUAGAUUUAAAUCAUUAGGUGAUAAUUUAUUAUAAUAUGUUAUUGGUUUAUAAGUUAUGUUUGUGCCAUAUUUUACACUGUAAUCAUGUUUACUUUACUCAAAGUUUUUCCAUAAUACAACCAUUGACACGUUUUUUUUUUUUACCUGUGAUGAAUGUUCCACUGUAUUAUGAGAUAGUUAUCUCAUCAAAGUCUACUCCAUCCUUUUUCUCCAAUAUAUCACUUUUGAAUUGUUUCAUAUUUUGUCAUGUCCGAGCCAUUUAUAUCUUACUAUAUGGUAAAGGUUUUGUUCAUUGUUGAAGGCCAUUAAGUGCCCUUUGGGUUGUUUCCAUCCUCAUCCUUUGGUCUCUGGUGGGUAGUUGUCUCAAAUGCAAUCAUACUACAACUCCUUAUCUUUAUAUAGACAUUUAUUUUAUCUGCCAAAGUACUGAAUUCGGUUUUAAGAAGGAAGUUUUCCACUUUUUCAAAUAAGACUUAUGCAUCAGCAUUUAUCCUACAAUAUAAAUGUGAACAUGAACAAUUUAGAAUUUUGGUUGCAAAGAUUUUGAAGGAUUAGAUUAAUAUUAAACAGAUGUCACAUUUUUCAGGUAAUUGUAUCAAUGACUUUUUAAGUUUUCAAUGUUUCUUGGAACAGCAUUUCUCUGGUUGUCACCAUGUGGUCACAGUAUACUCCACAUGUCCAUGAUGUCAUUUAUGCUAUAGUUGUUGUCAAGCUAUUGGAAAUACUUAGAAAGAGACUUUACUUUAAAAAAAAGCAGCACGCAAACAAGAGUAUUGGUUUAAAAUCUCUGCCGAGGAAAGAUGGAAUUGCAAAAGAAAGUCUGAUUUUAUAAAGGUUUUUUUUUGCAUACCGUAUUAAUAAUGAGCGUAUGCCUUGCAUGCAGGAUAUAUAAAGAAAUCAUAGUGGAAAAAAAUUCUUGUGACCCUGGCUUCACAGUACAAUAGCCAUGUUUUGAACAAUGCUGAAAUUUGAAAUAGUAAUAUUUAAAAUUAUAUAAGCUAGGUAAAAAAACUGAAACAUAGCUUACAAUCAGUGCAAUUUGGGAGAACAUUAACUAUUUUAUGAUUUUUAUACAUGACAAAAUCAACGGAAAACAGUACUUUUUUUCCCAAAAUUGCACUGAUUGUAAGCUUGAUUUUUACUUCUUUCAGUUGCUCUUACUUGAACAAGUACCAGAAUGUCCUACCACAAUGAAGUUAACCUGCAGAAAAAUUAUAUACUCCAGAGUCAAAAGUCAGUAAUGUGAAAAGGAUCUAUUGAGAUUACUUUUAAUUUUAAUAAGUCAAUCUUAUGUGUUGAAUAUCAUAUGUAGCAAUAUCCCUUUUUAAUACUUGUAUGUUCAAGUAAGGACUGACCAGGGUAAUUUUGACAUAAAGGAAAGUUAUCAUUGAUUGAUAGGGCAAAUUGAUAAGCUUUUUGCUUACAUACAAUCUGCAGCUGCAAUUUUAUUUUCUACUAACCCAGGAAAAAGAGAAUUUUUUCCUACUUUACCAAAAUCAAGUUUUAAAUGCUAUUAAAAAAAUGUUAUAGUAAGUAUAUAUUUCACAGACUUUAAUUGUACUAUUAAAUUCACUUAUUUUGUGAGGAUUACCUAGGGAAGAAACACAAAAAACUGGACAACACAAUUUUGAAAUAAUAUUUGAGGUUGUAACUUUUAUUAAUUAGUAUUAGUGUUAUUUUCAGACAUGGUGUAUAAAUUAUGGCGUUCUAAUAAACAGUUAAAAGACCUCAACAAUCAUAUAAACCACAUUAUUUAAACGGCAGAUUUUAAACAUUCAGCGGUAGCGGUGUGUAAUUGUUAGUCUUUUCACCAACAAAUUCUGAAAAGAACUUUAAAUUUUAUUUUAUAAUUCUGUAAUUAAAACAAAUACUUGAUAUUGUGUCAGGUCAUAAUAUGUGGAAGAAUUUUGGGAAUCGACCACCUGUGAAAAAUACAUACUCAAUAUAAUUAAGUUUGUCUAUAUUUAAAUCAACUUUAAAGACUAGACAUAAAGUUAUUUAAAUGUGAUUGCAUAGAAUUGAAUAUCAUUUCAAUAUUUUAGAAGUAUGAGAAUAAAUAUUUUGAAGAGACCAUUUCAGUAGGCAAAAAUAAAUCUUUUUUUUUCUAAAAAUUUCAUCAACAGAAAAGGUACAUUAGUUUUCUCAAUAGAAUUGUUUCAUAUUUUUCAUGUGAGGGCCUUUUAUAGCCAUCUAUAUGGCAUGGAUUUUUCUGAUUGUUGAAGGCUGUACAGUUGCCUAUAAUUGCUUACAUCCACUUCAUUUGAACUUUGGUGGAUAGUUGUCUCAUUGGCAAUCAUACCACAUCUCCUUAUUUUUACAUUAAUCUUCAUUUGUUAAGUAAUAAAUGCUAAGAUACCAAAAGUAACAUUUAACCCACUCAUUUAAACCACUUUUCUGUAGUAAGAAUUAAUUUGAUACCCUGAAAAUAAAUGUUUAGAAAGCAGAGAAAAAUGCAAAUGUUAUUAAGGAGCAUGAAAACUGAAAAAGCCUGAAGCAUGAUAUACAGAUGACUUGUUUGUCAAAGGAGAAGAUUUUUACACUUGUUGUGUACAUGAAGGUUUAUGCCACAACGGUAAUUCCUUAUUAUUCAGGGAGUUGCUUUCUCAUAUACCUCAUCUUAUGUAAUUCUUUUCCAAUUAACAAGAAAAAAAAAUUUAUUUAUAGUUAGUUGAAUUUUUUUCUAAUUUCUAAUUCAAAUAAUUUUUGCCAUUUAAAAUUACCUGAAUGGAGAAGGUCAGGUGUAUUUAAAAGUGGUCAGUUUUAAGAUCAUUAAGUGUUAACAUUCUUUGCAUAUGAUUUUUUUUGUCCCUAGAUAGUAAAAUUAUACAAUUAAUCAGUGACCUCUUAUUACCUCACUUUUAUGUUUUUGACAUUAAUAAUUUAGAAUUUAGUGAGGUUUGUGAGAGUGUUACAUCUUCAACCUUAAAUACCUUAAAUUUUUGGUUUUCAAAAACAUUUCAUUUGGAAAAGUUGAAGUAUAAAGAGAGUAACUACACUGUCUCUUUAUUAAAAUUUGAUUUGUACCAGUACUCAGCUCGAAACAUGAUAGAAAUGAUCUGCAAAACCUGGCAUUCUACUAGUUUCUAUCCCUUGUACAAAUACAUUUUAUAUUUUGAGACAGUGUAUAGUGAUACUAAAUAUAUACAGAUUGAUAAAUGUGUUGUUUUUUGUGUUUAUAUGGGGGGAUAGGGUAAAGGAAAGGAGGGUAAAUAAUAAAAAGAAAAAUAUUUCACUUUGUUACCCAUUUAUUUUAUAGAAUUAUAUAUUUUGAACCUUAGAUUGGAAGAGAUAUAGGCCAUAGGAUUUUUGCUACUUUGUUUUAGAACAGCUUAGGUGCAGUUGAGUGUUAAAUGGUAUUAAAAGACACAUAGCAUCUGGGUUUGAUAAAAUCAAAACAAUACAAAACCAUAAUAUCAAGAGAUUGUAAAGUCAUUUAUACUCAUCUCAUAAAGAACAAAUUUUGUCUUUUGUGAUUUAUUUCUUAUGUUUAAGUGCAAUAUGAUUCAUGUUUUAACCAGAUUGUUGUUAUUCAUUAACCAUGAUUGUUAAAUGAUAUAUAUGUGAUAAAUAAAGGCAACUACCAUUAUGAA